ACGUCACGUAGUUGUUGCUCGAAGCCGAGGAAUCCCUUCCGGAGACUUCGGUUAUUCGUGGUGGCUGUCGUGCCGUAGGUGGGAUACGCAGCAUCGAAUUGCUCCGUCAAAGACUUCCGAGCGGGCCGGGGACAUUUGGUGCGCGGUCAGGCUCGAUCUGCUCACGCUUGGUUCGCGCUCGACGAGACUGCGGCCACGUCGGGCGAACGCACGCGCGCGCGCGCGCGGAGGAACAGCGGGAAUCGCGGUAGAGAGAGAGAGCGAAAUCGUGGACGCCGUGCGUGAGACAACCCGGGUGUGCGAACUACGAAGCAGCCGAGUUCCAUCGCGAUUCAGCGAGCGAACGAGAGAAAGAGAAAGAGAGAGAGAGAGAAAGCGAGAGAGAGAGAAAGAGAGAGAGAGAGAGAGAGUGAGAAAGAAGCAGACGAGAUCGCUGGAUGCAAUCGCGUUCGCGGUCGUCCCAGCCGGUGCACCCUUUGAUUCGAUCGCCUAAUCUAUCCUAAGAUACCUAGCUCGUCUCCUUCCGAUACAAUCGCCGCCGCCACCGCCGCCGCCGUCGUUCGACGCCCGCCGCCGACGACGACGACGACACGCGAGGCAGCCGCGCGAGUCGCAGGUUAUGUCAAGCGGAUUGGCAGGCGCUGUCUCAAACCAGCGGAUGAAAGGACAAACCGGCAACCAAGUGAGCAAUGGUCCUAAGGAACACCAGCAGCAACAGCAAACGGAGCAUGCCGCUGGCGAGGACACUGGUUUCGACUCGUGGCGGGGCGGCAACAAUGCUCAGCAUCACUCGAGUUAUCCGAUCGGCACCGGCGAUCCGUACAGCCCGUACUACGCCGGUACCUCGUUCCCUUAUCAGACCUUCGGCGCCGGUGAUGGCACUUGGUCGAACGGUACCGAUCCAGUCGCCUUUCUGUCUGGUUACGGUGGUCAAAUAAGCCACGAUGCAUACAGCAUGGAUGGCAUGUUCUCGGCAUCGGCAGCCGGCGGUGGUUUCAGCGCGUUCGGCCAACCGCCGUUCAACUACUUCCACGGCAACGGCGACUUCAAUACGUGGGGUACACCAAGGAGGACCAAGUACGAGGAUUACUAUCAACCACCGCGCGGCAACGAGAGCUAUGUCAAUCCGGCGGCGAGCGGUACCGGCGAGAUCAAGACCAUCGAGCAGGGCGUGCAGGGUCUGUCGAUCGGUGGCAGUGGUGGCGGUGAGUUGCCACGGCAAGAUCAGCAACAUCCGCAGCAGGCUACGGCGCAGCAGAUCAAGCCCGAGCCGAAGGAACCGAGAAAGAUAACGUGGGCGAGUGUGGCGAGCCAGCCGGCGAAACCGGUGCCGCCACUCUCGUCCUCGCAAGGAAUGAAGAAAAAGGCAGGCAUGCCGCCACCGCCUAUCGUGCCAGGUAAGCACAAUAUGGACAUCGGGACGUGGGGCGAGGGCAAGUCUUCCGCACCGCCGCCGCCUACGGCACUCCCGCCGCCGCAGGUGCAGCCGCCGAUUCCGCCGCCGCCGCCGCCCGUCCAGAGGCAGCAACGACCGCAGCAGCCCCCACAGCCGUGUUGGAACAGACAACCAUCCGCAACGGCAACCCCACCGAUCCCGCAACCACAGUCACAGACGCAAAUCCAUAUGCCGCCGCAAUCGCAGCAGCAUCAGCAGUCACAUCAACAUCAUCAUCAGCAGCAACAACAUCAGCAAGUGCAGCAACAGCAGCAUCAACAGCAGCAUCAACAGCAGCAGCAGCAACAACAACAACAACAACUUGUCCAGGGCAACCAGUCGCAUCCGGUUCUCGAUGAACUGAAAGUAAAGAACGAUUACAAUCCCGUGGAGUUUGAUCAAACCGCGCCUGGCGCGAGGUUUUUCGUGAUCAAAUCUUACUCGGAAGACGACAUCCAUCGAUCCAUCAAGUAUGAAAUUUGGUGCAGCACGGAGCAUGGUAACAAACGGCUGGACCAGGCUUAUCGGGAGGCGAGUCGCGAAGGUGCGCCUCUUUAUUUGUUCUUCUCUGUAAAUGGAUCCGGUCAUUUCUGCGGCAUGGCGCAGAUGGUCUCCCCUGUUGACUAUCAGAGCAACAGUAGUGUCUGGUCUCAGGACAAGUGGAAGGGUCAGUUUCGCGUCCGUUGGAUAUACGUGAAGGAUGUUCCUAAUGUGCAACUGCGACACAUUAAGCUUGAGAACAAUGAGAAUAAACCGGUGACCAACUCGCGAGACGCACAAGAGGUCCCGCAUGCGAAAGGUGUCACAGUAUUGCGCAUCCUGCAUACUUAUCGUCAUUCUACAAGCAUCUUCGACGACUUCGGGCAUUACGAGCGCCGGCAAGCCGAGGAGGAUCAGCGUAAAGCCCCAAACAAUCCUAUACAACAUCAUCAUUCUUCCUCUAAUCAUAGAAAUAGAGGACAUGUCUCAGAUAUGUCCAGAGACCACCAUCAGCAUGGUCAUCAGCCUCAUCUGCAUCAGCGCAAGGAGCGUGGUGGUCGUAGUGGUAGAGGAGGUUCGCGCCAGUAGCGCUUAAUACUGGAGAGAUGUAAUGCUGUUAACGAGAGUAAUCGAUGUAAAGGAAGCACGCUACGACUAAUAAUCACGUCCUACAAGUUAUCUUUGCUUUCCCGGAUCCACGAUGGGCUUCUUCUGAUUUCCUGUGAUCGAACAUUUGUUGUUGACCUCGGCCGUGUUGUUCUUUCGUUAAAAUGAUUAAUCCGAUAAUCAGAUAACACUAGUAUCGCGUCGGCAUCAUCGUAAAAUAAUAUAUAACCGCAACUUCUAAGGAAAAGGACGAGAAGAGAAAGAGAAAGAGAAACUCCUUAGCGGAAGGAUAAUGCACUAUUUCGAAGGAUAUUUGAUUAACUCCCUGACGAUUAUAAAGUAUAUAUAGUGUGGUGUUGCGUGCUCUAUUCAUCGAAAGGUGUUUCUUAAACGUACAAAUCAUAAAACAGGACAGAAGACAGAAAAGAGGAAAAGGAGGGGGAAAAGAGGGAAAGAAAGAAAACGCGAUAUAGAAGAAAAAUAAAAAAACUGUAAUAUGUGGACUAAUCCUUGUAAAAUGCUUAAACUUUUGUUGAAAAUGAAAAAAUCUAUACAAGAACAUUAUAUUAUAAACAAGUGUCAUUUGGAUUGGUUAUAUAUCGUUUUAAAUACCAAUGAACAUUCAAUCUGGUGCCUGCAGCUCGACAGAAGGGUCGAAUUCCCCCUUAAUUGUUAAUAAGGUGCAGGGGCUUGUUACAACGUCCUCAGUUGUAUUUAUAACCAUCAUGCUUCACAAAAUGAAUUAUACAGAAAAUUAUUGGCGUUUAUUUUAGCGCGUAUUCUAUAUCUGUAUUGCGAAUAUAUCAUCUAUUAUUAUAUUAUUCAUGGACUACAGAGAAAUGAGUUGAAAAUAAUAUAACUAAAAGUGAAAUAAUAUUACAAUUAAUCUACUGUAAUGUACACGAUUACGACGAUCAUUAUUAUUGUACCAUUUGAUGACAUUUCAUGAGAUAUGAUUCUUAUUGUUAAACGCAUCUCUGUUCUCUGUUUUUUCAUUAGAUAAUAACAUUCUUUGCAAUGAUGGCAACCUUAUAUUGUGAGUGAUACUGAAUAAUGUAAACGAAUUCAUAUUCCUUGAUCAAUAUGUAGAAACAGAUUCUGAGUAUUAUAACGGUACUAAGUAGAUGUU